CUUCCCCCACGCGCACGUGCCCGCGCGCCGAGCCUUUCGGCCCUGCGCGGCUGCCGUCGGGGCCGCGGCGAGGCCCGCGGCGGCGAGAUGUUCGCGGAGCUGAACGAGCUGCUGAACGCCUCCCCGCAGCGGCCGGAGCAGGGUAAGUUCACACUGCUGCGAGACACCAGAACGGAUGGCAGCUUCCUCGUGCACCAUUUCCUCUCCUUCUAUCUCAGAGCUGGCUGUAAGGUGUGCUUUGUGGCCCUGCUCCAGUCCUUCAGCCACUACAACAUCGUAGCGCAGAAGCUGGGCGUCAGUCUGACGGCGGCCAAGGAGCGGGGCCAGCUGGUCUUCCUGGAAGGCCUGGGGUGCUGCCUCGAUGUCCUCUUUGGUGACGAGGAGGAGCGGACCGGACAGCCCCGUCCUCUUCAGUUUAUAAGCGAGAGCGCCUCCGACCUCAGAGCCCUGUUCGAGUUCGUGCGGGCGGCGCUGGCUCCGGCCGCCGGUGACGCCUGGCCGGGCCGCGUGCUGCUGGUGGACGACCUGGGCGUCCUGCUCAGCCUGGGCGCCUCGCCGGUGGCCGUGCUGGACUUCGUGCACUACUGCCGCGUGGCCGUGUGCUCCCAGCUGCAGGGCAAUGUCGUGGUGCUGGCUCACAGCGGCGACGAUUCGGAAGACGAGGAAAACGAGCUGCUCGUGACUUCCCUGUGCCAUCACAGCGACCUGAUCCUCUGGGCGGAGGGGCUGGCCACCGGCUUCUGCAAGGACGUGCACGGGCAGCUGAAAAUAAUUCGGAGAGCGUCCCUGCAGCUGGGAGGGGAGCAGGACGUCCUCCAGAUCUACCAGUACAAGAUCCAGGACAAGAACGUCACCUUUUUUGCCAGAGGGCUGUCGGCCGCCGUCCUGUGAUGCUGCGGCGCGGCGCCCCGAGAGUGGCGCGGGGCCUGGCACGAAGGGCCGGGGAGCCGGUCCCGGGGGCUGCACGUGCCACCAAAGCGCCUCCGCGAGCAGCGCAGCGGAUUGACCCCGGCGGGAGGCUUAAGCCUGUGCUGAGCCGCAGGGAUUAGCUCGCCUGCAGCUCGCUGCGUCCCUUUGUCCUCCCGGCCCGGCUCCCGCCAAACGGCGGCCCGGAGCAAGAGCGCGGCUUGCAGCAUCGACCGUCCGAGCAUGUCCGCGCGAGUGGGGGGCUACACGCCGGGGCGCUGCGCCCGGGGCCACCCCACCCUCGCGCUGGCAUUCAGCGAGAUGACACAGGGCGGGCGGAGGCAGGGAUGGUCCCGGAGCAUGUUGCAAUUCCUACCUUUCUCCCAGCUCUGGCACCGAACGGAUUUGUUCAACUCCCAACUUGCCCAGAAUUAAAAAAACUGUAUAGUGA